AGAGAAGACAAUGACGAGGAAGCUGCUCUAGACUAUUGAGCUGCAGCCCUGGUGCUGCUGUCAGUGGGUGCAGGGUGUCACCCAGCCUUUCCCUUACAGAAGCAGGGACGAUCAUGAGGGCUAAAGGAGCAGAGAUGCCGGGGAAAGACUGUGUCAAAGUGGCCGUACGCGUCAGACCCUUCAACAAGAGAGAGAGGGAUGCGGGCGGCCGCUGCAUUAUCUCUAUGGCCUCCAGCACCAUCACCAUCCAGGACCCUCGGAACAGCCAGAGCCCACGCUCCUUCUGCUUUGACUAUGCCUACUGGUCCCACAGCGGCUUCACCAGAGACUGCUCUGGCCUGUACAUACCUGAGGAGCCUGGAGGACGAUAUGCUGACCAGGGUAGUGUUUUCCAGGACCUGGGGGAGGGGAUCCUGGAGAAUGCCCUUCAAGGUUAUAACGCCACCCUGCUAGCCUAUGGGCAGACUGGCUCAGGGAAGAGCUACUCCAUGGUCGGGUACGGACCCAACAAGGGCCUGGUGCCCACCCUCUCUGACAAACUGUUUCAGGCCAUCAGGGCCAACCAGGACAGCCGACAGUGCCAGGUCUUUUUCAGCAUGUUGGAAAUCUACAAUGAACAGGUAGUUGACCUGUUGUCACGGGGGUCUCGGUCUCCGGGGGGACUGCGUGUCCGAGAGGAGCAGCAGAGAGGCUUCUAUGUGGAGGGGCUUCGCAGGGUCCCCUGUGACAGCGCCCCACAGGUGGAGCAGCUGAUGGAGCAGGGGACGAGGAUGCGCACCACGGCCACCACACACAUGAACGCCAACAGCAGCCGCUCACACAUGCUCAUCAUCCUCCAGCUCAAACAGAUCUUCUCUGAGGAGAGCAUCACCAAGCAGUCUAACAUCAACCUGGUGGACCUGGCGGGCAGCGAGAGACAGCGGGUGUCAGGUUCCGAGGCCGACCGGCUCAAAGAGGGCACAGCCAUCAACCUCAGCCUCACCACCCUGGGCAACGUCAUCAGUGCCCUUGCUGAUGUCGCGGUAGGGAAGAAAGUAGUCCAUAUCCCAUAUAGAGACUCUGUCCUCACCAAGCUGCUGCAGUCUGCCCUGGGGGGGAACAGCCGUACUGUCAUGAUUGCAGCCCUGAGUCCAGCUGAUAUCUGCUAUGAAGAGUCUAUCUCAACCCUGCGAUAUGCAGAAAGGGCAAAGCGUAUUCAGAACCGUGCGGUGGUGAACGAGAGUCCUACGGAGCGCCUGGUGAAGGAGCUGAAGGCUGAGAACGCCAGGCUACUGCAGAGACUCAGCCGCCUAGGACAGGAGGGACGCAGGGCAGAGGACGAAACCAAGGAGCUGCGUCGGCUGUUGACCCAUAACGAGCUGCAGAUCAGAGCCAUCCAGACGCUCUGGGAACAACAUCUACAGGAGGCCUUGAAGGAUUGGGAGCAGCAGUAUGCGACUAUCACACAGGAGCGGAGGAUGAUGCAGAUGCAUCCCUACAUCCUGAACAUCAACGAGGAUACUCAGCUGUCAGGGGUGGUCAAGCUCUUCAUCCAGGAGGGUGAGUGGGAUAUAGGGCUCUCUGACUCUUCACCCAGGUCCAUCUCAAUCAGGGGCCUAGGGAUCCAGGACCGUCACGCUGUGUUCAGUAACGUCCAGCGUAGGGUGUACCUGACCCCACUGGCGGGGUCAAAUGUCAUUGUCAAUGGAACACCCAUCUCCCAGAAGACCGAGCUGCAGCACCUGGACCGACUCAUCCUGGGUUCUAACAGCACCUACCUGUUCAUUGGCUACCCAUCUGAGAGGGGCGGGGAUGACUGGAGUCGCUAUGACUAUGACUACUUCCAGUCUGAACUGGCAGCCGCUGAGGGCAUCAACCUCCACUCACUGUGUGACUCCAGUGCAGUCCCCAGUCAGACUGACCCCAGUCUCCUGGCUGUUUUCUAUGACUACAUCAAACUGAUGCCCAUGGUGGCUGAGGCCAACCAGAUGAGCCAGGAGCUACACAAGGGGGUGGAAUUUAAACUGGAGAUUAAGAACCUGGCGUUAUCAGACUCUAAAGGUCAUGACUUGGAGAAGGAGAUCGCUGUCAGAGUGACAUCACUGGAAAACAAACAGCCCUGCCACAAAAGGACCAGCUGACAUCAUGUCAGUGAUUCUCUCGUUAACAC